AUUAAAAUUUCUGUGUGUAGAAGUAAAACGAGCUUCGUUCGAGUGGAGCACCGAGUGGCGCAGGAGGGCUCCGAAGAUCGAGAGAAUGAUGCUUAGGCGGUGCCUUACCCCUCUGCUUCGGCUUCGCAGUCCCUCUUCUCGAGUUUCUUCGCUCCUCCGGAACGCCUCCGCCUCCCUUUCCUCCGACCCUUCCGUCGAGAACUUGCGUCCAAACGAUGGCAAGGAAGAGAAGGAGCCGCCGUCUCUUAAUGCCAGGAAGAUCUCGGUUGAUCGCUCUGGAUUAUGCAAUCCGCCUGAGCAUUUCCACAAGCCCUCCACGGAUCCUCCCCUAGUUAAGCAUCUGAAGAGCAUCAUCAAGUUCCGUGGGGGUCCUAUCUCAGUUGCUGAGUAUAUGGAAGAGGUCUUGACUAAUCCUACUGCUGGCUUCUACAUAAAUCGCGAUGUCUUUGGUGCAGCAGGGGACUUUAUUACUUCACCUGAAGUCAGCCAGAUGUUCGGGGAGAUGAUUGGCGUAUGGAGUGUAUGCCUUUGGGAACAGAUGGGCCAACCAGAGAAAGUGAACCUUAUUGAACUUGGUCCUGGACGUGGAACUCUCAUGGCAGAUCUUCUCCGUGGCACAUCAAAAUUUGAUAAAUUCAAACGAUCAUUGGAUAUACACAUGGUUGAAUGCAGCCCUGCACUUCAGAAAAUUCAGCAUAGUACACUAAAGUGUGUGGAUGAGGAGGUCCCUGGAAGUGGUAGCAAGCAGACCCUAAGCAUGUUGUCUGGAGCUACUGUAUCUUGGCAUGCUGCUUUGGAGCAGGUUCCACUUGGAUUGCCAACGAUCAUCAUGGCUCAUGAAUUUUAUGAUGCACUUCCAGUACAUCAGUUUCAGAAAGUUCCGCAGGGCUGGUGUGAGAAAAUGAUUGAUGUUGCAGAAGAUUCAACUAAGGAGUUUCGUUUUGUUUUGUCACCAUCUCCUACAGCUGCUACCAUGCUUUACUUGAAAAAGCGAUUCAUGUGGGCUUCUGCAGAAGAAAGGGAAAAGUUGGAACAUGUUGAAAUUUGCCCUAAAGCAAUGGAAUUAAGUCAUGCUAUUGCAAAAAGAAUAGGAUCUGAUGGUGGUGGGGCAUUAAUAAUUGAUUAUGGUCAGAAUCAACUUGUCUCUGACAGCUUACAGGCCAUCCGGAAGCAUAAGUUUGUGGAUGUGCUUGAAGAACCUGGAUCUGCUGACCUGAGUGCUUAUGUUGAUUUCCCUUCUAUCAAACACUCCGCUGAAGAAGCAUCAGAGAAUGUGUCCGUUCACGGUCCAAUUUCUCAAUCUCAGUUCUUGGGUUCUCUUGGCAUAAAUUUCCGGGUAGAAGCCCUGUUGCAGAACUGCACGGAAGAACAAGUGGAUGCUCUAAGGACAGGGUACUGGAGGCUUGUUGGUGAUGGUGAAGCUCCAUUCUGGGAAGGACCUGAGGAGCAGACACCGAUCGGCAUGGGCACCAGAUACCAGGUUAUGGCAAUUGUAAACAAGAGACAAGGUGUACCAGCUCCAUUCCAUUGAUGUGGCGGAGGUGUCAAAGCCGAGUGAAUUCAAGUGUCGAUACAGUCUUUUUCAUUAUGCAGUUCCUGUCUUACAAAAUUUCUCUGUUAUAGAAAUCUAAUGCAUUCAUAGAACAAGAUAGAUUAAAACCCGUGGAAAAUGACUACGGUGAAUGUCAUUACUUAUGGAAGCGAAAGUUCUUGUCCUUGAAAAUAUGUAUGAAUUGUAUUUGGUUAUGAAUUGAAAGGGAUGGUUGAGAAAACUCUUAGGUGUUGUAGCAGAUCGUGCGAAAAGGUGCACAGGAUUUAGGACCAGUUUAUCACCUCUGGUUCAAUCCAAGUUCACCACAAGCUUGAAUGACUAUUUGACAUAGUUGCAAGUUUGUGAUGUAAAAUGUACUAUUAAGAGAAAAAAACAAGAGGGGAUAUGAUGUGAUUAU